CAAUUGACAGCAGAGAAUCGACAGCGCACCGCAACGCAACGCAACAGUUCGCACAAAUCUGCAAAGUAAAAUAUCCUCGUUAAUAGGCGACAUUUUAUAAAAUAAGUAAACAAUGAACCGGUUCAACGCACACCUGACGAUGCAGAAAUAAUGAAAUGUGACAAUUGAUACCUACCUGACUGAUAUUAGUGCGAAGUCGGCUACGCCCUCGCAGUGGAUUCGCGAUAAAAAUUCAGCGAAGAUGUCUCGUGAAGAUUUAGGUAGCCCUGCUUUGGAAGCCCAGGACUCUCUCCUGUAUUCUGCCAGACAUGGCGAAUUGUUGGUAGUGGCUUCCCUUCUUGAAGCCAAGGCCCAAGGGAAGUUAACGUUGGAUAUAAAUUGCAAAGGUAAAUCAAAGAGCAACUUAGGAUGGACUCCCCUGCACUUGGCAUCAUACUUUGGCCACGUGGAAGUGGUCGAGGCACUCCUGGAGGCCGGUGCCAAUAUAGACGAAGUAAAUGACACAGGGGAUACAGCACUGCAUAAGGCCUCUUUUGUCGGGAAUGAAGAGUUAGUGAUCUUACUCCUCAAAAACAAUGCAGACGUGAACAUAAUGAAUGGAGAAGGAAAGACAGCAGCAGAUGUGAGUAAGACAAGAGAUGUGCAGAGGUUGUUGGAAGCGGCUCAGAGAGUGGAGCGGCAGGAGAGGGAGAGGAGGUUGCUGACAGCCGCUAAGGAAGGGAGGGUUGAGGAGAUACAGGAGUUGCUAAGCAGCCCUAACCCACCGAAUAUAAACUGUGUGGACGCUCAAGGAAACACAUGUCUGCAUUGUGCGGCCUACAGAGGUCACGCGAGAUUGGCCGUGUUGCUGCUACAGAAUGGGGUUGAUACUACGCUCAAAAAUAAUAGUGGUCAGUUCGCCAUAGACCUAGCCAAAGACAACGACAUGCGUGAAGUGCUAAGCGUACGGCCCGUGCAGAGGUUGCAGCGUACGGCUGCGAGGUUCGAGGGCCCGCUGUUGAAGAGAUCUAGAUUUUUGGGCUGGAGACCCGUUUGGGCAGUCCUACAAAGAGGAGUGCUACUGUACUACAGUUCCCGCGCAGAAGCUUCCCGCGCGGGCGGGCGCUGGCGCACGCGCAGCUAUCUAGACGGCGCCACUCUCACGGCGCCUGAUUCUGAGCCCGCGCUCAUUGUCAUCAGUUUCAGCGAUGGAGAUUCACACAGACUAGCCGUGCCUCCCGCGGAGAAGGAUAUUAUUGCUUGUAGACAGUCGUGGUUAACAUCCCUGAACGAACACAUAGCAUACUCCGGGCAUUACCUCUGGGCAGGAGCCUCACCGGACUCCGCUAGAGAGGCCACGGAGGAUCUGGAUGAUGAGUGCAAGCCAUUGGGUUCGAUGCAGGACGCGCUGACGGCCGCCACCAACAGCCUGGCGCUGCUGGACACGCAGCUGCGCGAGUGCUCCGCCAUCGUCGCGGCUCUCGACAAGAGUGUCAACGUUGGCAACUCCUUGCACCAUUCUGCCUAUAUGCGUUUCCAACACGCAUGCGGCACGGGCUCAGAGGCGCUGGCGUCGCUGCGGCACUGCGCCGCGCUGGUGGCGCAGGCGCGAGACCGGGACGCCGCCAAGUUGGCCAGAGAGAUCGAACGCAAUCGUGUGUUAGAAGAGGCAUUAGCAGCGUUGGCGCGGACACACCACGCGUUAGAGAUGUCUGUAGCCGAAGAGCUUACUAAGAGUAAGCGAAAGAAAAAAUCUUCUCACAACGAGUCUAAGGAAAACUUCUUCGAUGUUUACAACGAGUCUGAGGAUGAAGACGACACAUUAGUGACGGCAGGGCUGUCGAGUCCACUGGGAGCCCUCAGUCCGUGGGGCAGCAGCCCCGACCUCACUAGACGCACGCCCAUUGGCAGUGUCGAUGGAGACAAAACGCCAACGAACGAGGAAGAAGAAGAAUCUCGCCUGCGCCGUUUAUCAGGUUCCUCCAGUUCUCCACUGUCCCUCUACACAGCGAUAAGCCCGGCCAGCUCCCGUGGGACCCUCGUGUCUCAGGAGGGACACGUGUAUAGAAAUGCUAGGCCUUAUAGGAAGACCACCAAUCUCAGGACCACUCUCCCCGUUGCCCAAUUCAGCCGCGGCGACUUCUCCCUCUGGUCGGUAUUGAAGAACUGCGUCGGCAAGGAGCUGUCCAAGAUCACCAUGCCGGUGGUGUUCAACGAGCCGCUCUCCUUCCUGCAGCGGAUGCUCGAGUACUUGGAGUACGCGCAUCUGCUGCGGAUGGCCUCGGAGCAGACAGACCCCGUCGCUAGAAUGGAGCACAUCGCCGCAUUUGCCGUGAGUGCCCUGGCGUCAAACUGGGAGCGGCUCGGGAAACCCUUCAACCCUCUUCUAGGAGAGACAUACGAACUCGAAAGACCAGAGUUCAGGGCCGUCUGUGAGCAGGUAUCCCAUCAUCCGCCAGUGUCAGCUUUUCACGCAGACAGUCCGCAUUUCGUCUUCCAUGGCUCGGUCCACCCCAAACUGAAGUUCUGCGGUAAAAGCGUGGAGAUUCAACCCAAAGGGCACGUCACUGUCGAGUUGCCGCGAUGGGGAGAAGCCUACACCUGGACCAAUGUAAACUGCUGCGUGCACAAUGUGAUCGUGGGCAAACUCUGGAUCGAGCAGUACGGCAACAUGGAGGUGGUCUGCCACGGAGGGUCUGGUCUUCGAGCAAACCUGUCCUUCAAACCCGCUGGCUUUAAUAACAGGGACCUGCACAGGGUCGAUGGAUUUAUUCUAGAUUCUCAUAAGAAGAAGAUACGCUUCCUGUACGGAAAAUGGACUGAGUACAUCAAGUGCUGCAGCGCCGGCGCGUACGAGCAAUGGGCCAAGGAGCGCGGCGAGGAAGCCUCACAGCAGACCCCCUCGCAUACUCCGAAGAAGGUGCUCGCCAAACUGAACAGCUUCAAGGUUGGCGCGUUGAGGUCCAUGUCUGUUCAAGAUCCGGAAGAACCAGACAAUUCUGACGAAGUUCCAAAGCCAGAUGAGUCAUUCAACAUCGAUAUCCCUAACUCAGUUACAUUAUGGGAAGCUCGACGGAGGCCAAGCAGUAGCGCUCAGUAUUACCAAUUCACGGAAUUCGCCAUGUCACUGAACGAGUUGGAACGCGACAUGAAGGGACAACUAUGUCCGACCGACAGUAGACUCCGACCGGACGUGCGUCUCCUGGAGCAGGGAGACAUAGACGGGGCUGCUGCUGAGAAGACGAGACUUGAGGAGAAGCAGCGCACUGCAAGGAAACAUUUGAAGAAGACCUCAGAUCCAUGGCAACCGAGAUGGUUCAGUCAAGGCACAAACCCGUACACGAAGCAAGAGGACUGGCUGUACAACGGCGGUUACUGGGACCGCAACUACCAACACCUCAAAGAUAUCGAUAUAUUUUAAUUCAUACUUAUUUAAACAUGAUAGUGUUAGUGCAAUGAAAUAUACAUUAAAAGUGAUAGACGUUUUAAUAGUUGUUUAAUAUUAGUGUAAUGUGAUGAACUUCAAAACGAAAGACAUAUUGAUAGUUGUAAAAAAUAAGUACCUAUUAGUGAUGAACUAUAAACAGAAAGACAAAUUUAAAAAGACAUUAAAACGUAGAGGUAUAGUGUGGUGAACUUCAAAAGAAAAGACAUUCUAAUUAGUUGUUUAAUAUUAGUGUAUUGUGACGAAGUUUAAACCGAAAGACAAAUUAUUUAAUCGUGUUAAUACACUUAGUGUGAUGAACUUGAAAACUAAAAAAAAUAUGUGUUAGUAUAGUGUGAUGAAAUGAAAACAAAAAAAGGCAUUUUAAUAGUUGUUUCAAAAAAGUGUAGUGUAAUGGACAUUAAAAAUUAAAGACAAUUUAAUUACUUACCUAAUACUUAUUUAAAAGCGUAACUAUUUAAAUCCUUGUGUACUUUAAAAGCAAUGACUCGACGUAAUAUUGUACAACUCACAGUUGGAUAUUUUAGAUAAUAGAUAAAAAGUGAAUAGUGAUAUAAAACAAAUUGUUCUUAUAUUUAUUGGUUAUAUAUUUGUAUUCUCAUCAUAGCAUACAUUUCAAUUUUCAGGUGGUGAGUGAUGACAGAAGAUAAUCUUGUGUUGUAAUAUAGUAGCGCUUCACAGCUACUGAUAUAGGUACCUACAAUUUAUAAAAGUUGUAUGUAUAUAGCAUCACUGUAAGUCUCAAUGAAUAUCGGUAAGGUUUUAGGCGUCAAUAGGCUGCGUGGUGACGAUCGGGUGGGUUGCAUGUAGCUAUCGUCAAGUAAUCUAUGCUCGUCUAACAACUAUGGAUGAUGCUGACAUCAUCCAUAGUUGUUAGACGAGCAUAGAUUACUUAUUACCAUUAUACUUCAUCUGAAUGAAGUAGCAUGCAGCCACCGGGCUAAGACGCUUCCAAAGAUCGCAGUUCGAAUGUAUAAAUUCGAAAUUUGACUGUAAAUGUAUCGUUGUGUGGGAUAAAAUCAUCGGCGUGAUUUAGAUUUCCGGGGAAACAAAUUAUAUUUAAGUAGUAUUUAAGUUAAGGAAAAAAAUGUGUACAUAUAAAAUUUGUCCAGAAGCGGUCCCACAAUUUUAGAUGUAAUCUCGACAUGUAGACAUUAUAAAUAAAUAUAUAAGUAUAUUAGCUACAUGUCGAACAAUAACUUUGCCAAAGGCAAUCAUUUUAAUGAAUACAUAUUUAUUAUUUAGGAUAUAAUCAAUUUAGGAUAAGCAAAUGAAGUUAUUUCAGUAAUUUAUUUUAAUGAUCUAUGUUUCAUAAAUAAUUUAUUAAUUUAAAAAAAAUCCUUAUUUGUGUAACGGUUAUCUCUUUCGGAACGUCUUCACAAAAAUACUCUCGUGUGUGUAGUCAAAAUAUUUCACCUAAAAUACUUCUGUUUAUUUAGUCAAUUUAGAGUCUUACCCAAUUAUUUAUAAAAAAGUUCAAGCAUACUUUAAGCUAAAGUGUAUUUUGUCUCGCUCUUUCAUUGUCAAAUAUGCGAUAUAGACAAAACAUAGAGCUAAGGUACUUAUGUUUGUUUUCUCACUAUCGUACUUUACAAUAUUUAUCAUUGACAGAACGUGACAAAACACAUUAUAGUUUAAAGUAUGUAUAAAAAGUAGGUAUUAUAUUUUUCGUGAAUAGGGUAAGGGUAAGCUUCCAAUAAUCGUUUUUAUAAUUGGUUAUAAUUUAUUACAAAAAUAAUGAUUACCUAUAAGAUGUGUACAUAAUAUUCGCUAUAAUACGCGAUAUUGAAACUCAUCAUUAUAGGAUAAGGGGAUGAGAUACUUCAAUAUUAAAGAUUGAUUUUUUGAACACUGGCUAACACAAUAUGAGUACCUACAUUUAAAACCGAUAUAGAAGUAAAAAAAUAAAUAAAAAAAUUAAGAAAUCCCCGACGGGUUGCGGCCAUCGUUUGCUAGAAAAGAGCUGACAGUUUCCAAACGGCUUAACAUACAUUUUGCAAACAUACCUAAGAACACCAUUGAUUAUAUUUCCAAUACAAGAAACUAAAUCGAAAUCGGUUUAACCGUGCUGCUACGAUGCCACGGACAUACAAAUAGAGACACGUUAAACUUAAACUCCCAUCCUUCUGUUAAAAACAAAUCGAGAAAUAAAAACUUGACUUUCCGUAUUACGAUAAUUUUGUUUGGAAAAACAUUUUGCUAGUGUCCAAAAAUCAUCUAUAGGUAUUGUAAGUAAAUUAAAUAUUAUGUAAAAUGUUCAAGUAUACUUCAAGCUAAAAUGUUUUGUCACUAUCGCAAUAGACAGAAAGAGAUAAAAAAUAUUUUAGCUUAAAGUACGCCUUAACUGUUUUUAUGAAUAAUUGUAAGAAUAAUAAAGCUUUUGAAGCUUUUUAUAAUAAUACAAAUUUAUUUUAUAUAUGGCAAUGUAAUUAUAAACAAGAGGCGCAUAAUGAGUAAUUAAAUUAGAUUUGUUAAUAUUAGGUAUUAAUAUUAUAUGUAAUGAUUAGUUGUCAUUACGAGUUAAUUAUACAUUAUGAUAUUUGAAGUCAACUGUGGUGUUAAUCGUCGAAAUUUAUAUUUUAUUCAUGAUGUACUGUGUGUGUUUGAGUGUGUUUAAAAAACACCAGUGCCAAUCUAACCAGGUAACGUUUAGUGAAGUGUGUACGACUCAACUACCACCCGAUAACUACAACUCGACUACUUACCACCAGAUGUCGGUAAGUAGUCGUAAAGUUACGUCAGAUGCCUUUCGGCGAAUUGAAUAAAUUCUGACACUGGUGUUGGCGAAAACACACUCGAGGUUAGAAAAUAAAAAAGUUAAAUUCAAUAAGGUUGGCCAUAAAGUGCAUUGACACCUGCGUACUAUGUUUUCCCAAUUUAAAAAACUACAGUUUCGGAAUAUAUGUAAAUGUAUCGCAAAAUUGUGUAAACACGGUAACUUGGUAUAGGGAAAUCGUCCAACAUUUAUUUAAAAGUACACGAUAUUAAUUCUAUCUUCCUGUGUUGGUUUGUUACUCUUUACGUUUUAACCACUGUAGUCUUGGCCUUUCCACAUUAGGAUCGGGUUGUGGUUCCAUUUUAAACAAAAAAUUAACAAAGAAAACAAAUUUCAAAUAUAUGUGUGGCUGUCAAACAAAAUGGCAGCCGAAUGUUGUCAAUAUCUGUCAUCGGUUAGUGGGAGCAAUGAACUUUAUGGCCAUUCUACAUGAACAAUACUUUAGAUUAUAUUUAGAUACAUAUCAGUGCGGAAAAUUAAUACUGUUAUUGAAAUCAUACUAUCAAUUAUUUACUGCUUCAAAACUUAUAAAUUAAAAUAUAAAUACCGGCAAAAUAAUUGUAUUACACUAUAUUGUAUUAGGUAGAAGUAUUUAGGUUUAAUUAGUGAGAAUAAUUAAUAAUAUCUAGAUUAGUUGUAAAGCUUGGUCUACACGAGUAGAGUAAACGAUAAAGUUAACUAUUAGCGUACUACCAACACUUCAGUAAGUACCAAAUCCAAUUAGAUACUUUAGCAGUUUUAACACAAUAAUUUUUGACACGUGAAUUUAUUUUUUCAGUGUAGUGGUACCUACUCUAUUAUUUUAACUACACGAUAGCUCUGGCAGAACAUUCCACAAUGAUAUCCAAAUAAACCACAAAGGCAUUUCUAACUUGCCCAUAUUAUCUGCCUAUUUAAUAUUCAACAUAUUUUUUUAUAUAUAAUUGAAUGUGCGAUCACUUAUUGACAUCAAAAAUAUCUCUAUGAUGUGAUCAGACUGACGGCAGCUUCAGUAACCACUACGCCAUCGAGGUAAUCAUAUUUUU